AUGAAGCUCCCGCCAGCUGCCGUCAUGGCUGAAUGGCCGACACCAAAUUAUAUUGAUCCUCCAACUCGCGGACAUGGCGUAGUCAUCGUGAACAUUGCGUGCAUGUCCUUCGCCUUUAUUGUGGUCAUGCUCCGUCUAUAUACUCGGGUUGGGAUCACAUACAGCACCGGUAUUGACGAUAUUCUGAUCGUCGCUGGAUUGAUGUUUGCCAUUGCGAUGGUUGUUAUCACAUCGAUUGCCACAGAACAAUAUGGCAUGAACCGUCAUAUCUGGGAUAUCUCGCCUUUGCAAUUACCCACCGUACAGAAGUUGAAUCUUUGCUUCCAAAUUAUGUUCUCCAUGGCGUCCAGUAUUACCAAGAUCUCCCUGCUGUGGUUCUGUCGGCGACUCCUGGGAAAAGGCAAUUUCGUGCUGUACCAAUGGACUUUUAUUGGGGCAAUGGUUUUUGUUGGACUUUCUGGGGGUCUAUUCACUAUUAUCAGCAUUUUCCAGUGCACUCCUAUUCGGGCAUAUUGGCAACUUAACCCUACAGAGUCAUAUCACUGCAUGAACGAUGGUGCCAUUGUUUUCUCCGCGAGUGUGAUCAACAUCUUCACCGAUUUCCUGGUCACAGCUCUGCCCAUGCCAUUGAUCUGGAGUCUAAAGCUCCCAGCCCGCCAACGUCUCGCCGUCAUCUCCAUCUUUGGUCUCGGUGUUGUGGUCAAUGUAGCAGGCUCCGUCCGCACUGUGUAUGUUUGGAAGAGUAUGGUAGUCGGCUACGACGCAACCUGGCUUGGAUGGCCAGUGCUAAUAGCCGCAACCGUGGAGAUCAGUCUGGGACUGAUCUGCUCCUCGGCACCAGCCCUUCGUCCUCUCAUUGCAGCCUUCCUCCCCCGGCUCCUACAGUCGACCCGUAACAUCGGCUCUUCCUACAACCAAAGAUCUCGUUCUCAAAAAUUGUGGUCGUCAACCGGCCGCUCACGAAACUCACGUUUCCUUGCCAAUGAUUCUCGUCAGCCUGGAUACGACAGCGAUCGGUUUGAAAUCAUGCGCACCGUUGAGAUGGAGAGUUGGACUGAGUCGCGCCUUGCACACCAUGAUAAAAUGGGCCAUGGUUACGAUAUCACUUCUGAGAACCAUACUCGUGCGCUCAGUCCCACCGACAGUUUGGAGAUGAAGAAUGGCAUGGUGUAUGCCUCGGCUGCUAGUGCUAAAUCUUCGGUAUCUGGGCGAGAUACUCACUCUCCCUUUGGUGAUCGGCCACCUCAUUGA